GUUGUUGAAGAUAAAAUCAGUGUGGAGAGACAAACGAGUGUUUAAGCAAAGAAGAAGAAGAAGAAGCGAUGGGGGAAAAGUCAGUAGAAGCGCAUUUCCCGAAGCUGGAGAAACCCACAGGAAAGAAACAGACAGCGACGGUGGUCGUGGGAGUGUUGGCGGUAGGAUGGUUGGCGAUAGAGCUCGUGUUUAAGCCAUUGUUCAAGAAGCUGAGCUCACCAAAGGACAAACCCGAUCCCGACACUACCACCACCGUUCCUCCUCCCCCGUCGGACGCUCUUUAAUUUGUAGUUUUCUUUUACUUUAUAAUAAUUAAUGAAGGUUUGUUUACAAAUCUUGUUGUGUUUUCUUUUCUUGCUUUUUUCUUUGUAAUCUCCUUCGCUUCGUUUUUUUUACUGCUUUUGAUGAUGUCUUUAAAUUAAUAAUUUCCCCCUUUCCCUUUUCAAUAAAAAUCCCCGAUAAAGAUUAAUAAAGGAAUUAUUAGCA